CUGAGAGCGAAAGGAGAGAGAGCGAGAUAUAUAGAGAGAGGGACUGGGCGGUUUCAGGAAUAACCUGGUGGAAGCUGUUUAUACCUGGCCAAGUGCUGAGCCCCGGGAAGCUCCUUUUACACAGGAUUAGAGUGAAAGGAUUUACACCCAGUAGACUCAAACCAACAGAAACGUUUGUCUCUCCUGGACUGGAAAGGAGAAGCUUUCGAGCGGCUAGAUAUUGAAGAGAAUCAGAGGCACAUUCAUUAGCAAGAAUUCCAAACAAACAUCCUGUCAAGAUCUGAAAGUGAGUCAAUUCAUCAGGACUUGAAAACCAGUGGUUGUCAAUGUUUGUCUAUUUUGUCUCUGGGAAAAGAUUUCAAAUGUCAGUGUGAGAGGAAAUGCACAAAGACACAUCCACCCAAGUGAGUGUUCCAGUGAACUGACUGGACAGGUCUUGAGCCAGUUACACAGCCUGAAUAACAUCACAGUGGGGAGAAACUCUGUAUCCCUGUCCUGUGUACGGACAAGGAGUCAGUUGAUCAUCCAAUAUGGAGAGACAUGAGGACACUUGCACCACAGAGAAGCCAUGGAAAUGUGUGGACUGUGGGAAGGGAUUCAAGUGCCCAUCCAUGCUGGAAACUCAUCGACGCAGUCACACUGGGGAGAGGCCAUUUAUCUGCCCCCAGUGUGGAAAGGGAUUCACUCAAUCAUCUGACCUUGAGAAACACGAACGCACUCACACCGGGGAGAGGCCAUUCGUCUGCCCUGAGUGUGGAAAGGGAUUCAGUGACUCCUCCACCCUGUGGAGACACCAGCGAGUUCACACUGGGGAGCGGCCAUUCAUCUGCCCCGAGUGUGGGAAGGGAUUUACUCGGUCAGCCCACCUGCUGAGACACCAGCGAGUUCACACGCAGGAGAGACCAUUCAUCUGCCCUGAGUGUGGGAAGGGAUUCAGUGACUCAUCCUACCUGCUGACACACCAGCGAGUUCACACUGGGGCAAGGCCAUUCCCAUGCUCUGAGUGUGGUAAGGCAUUCUCUCAGUUAGCCAACCUCCGGGCGCACCAACUAGUUCACACUGAUGAGAGACCGUUCAAAUGUUCGCAGUGUGAGAAGAGCUUUAAACGCAGACGUGAAAUGCUGACUCACCAACGCAUUCACUCUGGGGAGAAGCCAUUCCCCUGCACUGAGUGUGGGAAACAAUUUGUCCAUUCAAAAAACCUUCUGAGACACCAACGAAUACACACUGGUGGGAAGUUGUUACCUGCUCCAUCUGUGGGAAAGGAUUUACUCAGUCAUUCCACCUGCUGAGACACCAGCAAGUUCACAAGUGACUGCAGGGCAGGCAUCUGUUCCUGUUGUUCUUAAAACUUUGAUCUCCCUGAACCAGCAAGCAGAUGCAGUGGAACAGGGAAAUAUGUGGUGCUUAUGAUGUGACGGGGGCAGGCCAGCAGGAGAUGGCAUUGUAUCACUUUAAACACCAGAGGGAUAGAGAGAGACUGUGACUUUGAUUCAUCACAUUUUAAUUCAUUCAAAAGUGUGUCCUAUUGCAAGCAGACAUGGGCAAACACACACACAUUGACACAUACAGGCCCAAAAUCCAAUUCAUAGAAACAUGCAGACUAUCAUACCCAUAUUUCUGGGACAGCGUGUCCCAUUGCAGACAGAGUUGGUUACAUACACAGACACACAGCAAACUCAGGCACACUCAAACUUCCCUCCAGGACCAAGUGUGUCCUACUGAAGGCAGAGCUGGUCACACCAACACACAGAAAAACAGACGCACUGAGACAAAAAUACACAUACAGAUAGAGUGAGACACAGAAUAACUGGCACACACAGACUUUCACAAACAUGUCCACAGAUACAAUGUCGCUGGGUAUAUAGUCGGGGUUUAUUUGUUUAUUAAACCCAAGUUCAU